UCGUUGUUCUGAGCCCCCUCCCCGGCAGAAGGGGCGCGGUGCCGAGGCCCGCGGUAGCGCCCUCCGCCUCCUCGCGUGGCUUCACGCCCGAGCCCCCCUCCCCUCAGGGCCGCUCCUCGGGCGGCGCCAAGGAGUGCGGUGCUGCUGCCGGAGCUCCGCCUGUUUCAGCCAUGUCUGACAAAAGUGAACUGAAGGCGGAGUUGGAGCGCAAGAAGCAACGAUUAGCUCAGAUCAGAGAGGAAAAGAAAAGAAAGGAGGAAGAAAGAAAGAAGAAAGAAACUGAUCAGAAGAAGGAUGUUCUUCCUGUACAAGAAGAAUCUGAUCUUGAAAAGAAGAGAAGAGAAGCUGAAGCAUUACUUCAGAGCAUGGGGCUGACACCGGAAUCUCCUGUUGUCCCUCCUCCUACCUCUCCGUCUUCCAAAUCUGUGAGUACGCCAAGUGAGGCUGGAAGCCAGGACUCGGGUGAUGGCGCUGUUGGAUCUAGGACGCUGCAUUGGGAUACUGAUCCAUCAGUUCUUCAGCUCCACUCUGAUUCCGAUCUGGGACGUGGACCUGUUAAACUUGGAAUGGCCAAAAUUACACAAGUUGACUUUCCUCCUCGAGAAAUUGUUACAUAUACAAAGGAGACACAAACACCGGUUAUGACUCAGCCAAAGGAAGAUGAGGAAGAUGAAGAUGAUGUGGUUGCACCAAAGCCAUUAGUUGAACCUGAGGAAGAAAAAACAUUUAAAAAGGAGGAGGAGGAGGAAGCUGCCCCUCAUGAACUUACAGAGGAAGAAAAACAACAAAUUUUGCAUUCUGAAGAAUUUUUAAGUUUCUUUGACCACUCUACAAGGAUUGUUGAAAGAGCCCUUUCCGAGCAAAUCAAUAUUUUCUUUGACUACAGUGGAAGAGACUUAGAAGACAAAGAAGGAGAGAUUCAAGCAGGAGCAAAGCUAUCCUUAAACAGGCAGUUUUUUGAUGAACGUUGGUCAAAGCAUCGUGUUGUCAGUUGUUUGGACUGGUCAUCUCAGUACCCAGAAUUACUUGUAGCCUCUUACAACAACAAUGAGGAUGCACCUCAUGAGCCUGAUGGAGUGGCCCUUGUGUGGAAUAUGAAGUACAAGAAAACUACCCCAGAGUAUGUCUUUCACUGCCAGUCAGCAGUGAUGUCAGCUACAUUUGCAAAAUUUCAUCCCAAUUUGGUGGUUGGUGGCACAUACUCAGGCCAAAUAGUGCUAUGGGAUAAUCGCAGCAAUAAGAGAACCCCAGUGCAGAGAACUCCGCUUUCAGCUGCUGCUCACACGCACCCAGUGUACUGUGUAAAUGUUGUUGGGACCCAGAAUGCUCAUAACUUGAUCAGUAUCUCAACCGAUGGGAAGAUAUGCUCUUGGAGUUUAGACAUGCUUUCCCAGCCACAGGAUAGCAUGGAGCUGGUUCACAAACAGUCCAAGGCUGUGGCUGUUACUUGCAUGUCCUUCCCCAUUGGAGAUGUCAACAACUUCGUUGUUGGAAGUGAAGAAGGCUCAGUCUACACUGCAUGCCGCCAUGGCAGCAAAGCUGGAAUCAGUGAGAUGUUUGAAGGACACCAGGGACCAAUCACAGGUAUUCACUGCCAUGCAGCAGUUGGACCUGUAGACUUCUCACAUCUCUUUGUCACUUCUUCUUUUGACUGGACGGUAAAGCUUUGGACAACUAAGAAUAACAAACCUCUCUACUCAUUUGAAGACAAUUCAGACUAUGUUUAUGAUGUUAUGUGGUCUCCAACUCACCCUGCCUUGUUUGCUUGUGUGGAUGGGAUGGGCAGACUUGACCUGUGGAAUCUCAACAAUGACACUGAGGUGCCAACUGCGAGCAUUACUGUGGAGGGCAAUCCUGCUCUGAACCGUGUGAGAUGGACGCACUCUGGGAGAGAGAUUGCUGUAGGUGAUUCAGAGGGACAAAUAGUUAUAUACGAUGUGGGAGAGCAAAUUGCCGUUCCUCGCAGCGAUGAGUGGACUCGAUUUGGUCGAACGCUGGCAGAAAUAAAUGCCAACAGAGCUGAUGCAGAAGAGGAAGCUGCAACCCGCAUACCAGCAUAGACCGUUAAAGAUGGGCAGCAGUGGUAGACUUGUGAAUUAUUUGAUGCAAAUCUUAAAAGUGUAAGCAUGUGUCAAUUCAAGUAAUAGUUUAAGGCAGGAACAGGUGGAUUCAACUAUGGACUUUGAAAAUGUGUUAAGAUCACUGAAAUUCAGAUCUUACAUUGUCACUUUUUAUAUAUAAAUUACAAGCACAUUCUUGGAUUUGUGUAACUUUUAAUACAGUUAACUUUUGACUUUGCAAGGAACUUCUUUUGCUGAAACACUAACCUGGUGUAAAUUUGCUGUUAGGCUAAUGAAAUUUCCACUUUGUAACGGUAUAUUUCUGAAAAUUAGAAAUUCUGUUUCUAAACUAAACUUUCUAUAUUACACAGACUAACCCUAAUGAGGUAUUAAAUUUGUGAAGGGUUCUUUAAUUCAAACUGCCUAUGGAUAUGCAUGCAUAUAUUCCAAGUAAAUUUAAUUGCUUAUAGAUAACCCUCAGACUCUGGUAGCUAGUAAUAGAAGUGAAUAAAAAUUUGUCUGUAGUUACAAGUCUAUUUGAUAAUUGGACCUGAAUUAAUGAAAUACAUAUUUAAUACUAAGUUCUUUUGUUCAAACUGGUGCAUUAAAGGGUGAGACUGAUUAAUAAAUAAAUAUUAUAUGAGCACUUGU